AUGCCUUACGCUCCUGGUGACGCUACUAAGGGUGCUUCCCUUUUCAAGACCCGCUGUGCUCAGUGCCACACCGUCGAGGCUGGCGGUGCCAACAAGGUCGGCCCCAACCUCCACGGUGUCUUUGGCCGCAACUCCGGCAACGCCGAGGGCUACACCUACACCGACGCCAACAAGCGCGCUGGUGUCCUGUGGGCCGAGGACACUCUCUUCGACUACCUCGAGAACCCCAAGAAGUACAUCCCCGGUACCAAGAUGGCCUUUGCCGGUCUCAAGAAGCCCAAGGACAGAAACGACUUGGUCACCUACCUCAAGGAGGCCACUGCCUAA